AUGGAAGGCCGUGGCAGGCCAAGCUACUUCAACAUCGGUGAUGGGCCAGGUGAGCCUGGUAUGAUCCGAAGGAAUAGCAGGUCAGACGCUGCGCCGCCUUACCAGAGGCCGAGAGCGAGCAGUGUGCCUCGGGGUGCUGCCUUUAGUCCGGUGUCGAACUUGUCGGCUCUGGAACGGGGUAUGCAUCCAACCGGAAGCCCUGUGGUGGGAAGCCCAGCUCGCUCGCCGAACCCUCUUGGAGGUGUGUUGCCACCCCCGCCAGGUUUGCCAGAGUUUGGUGGAGUUUCGCCAGUUAGUGCACCACCGCAGCUCACCGUGGAGACGUUUCUUUACCAGACGGUGCAGCAACAGCAGCAGCAAGUUGCUCAGCUUACGUCUCUAGUCCAGGCUCUUGUGAGCAGGGAUGUGCCUGCGCCAUCUACUGCGAGAGGCAAGGGACACGGUGGAGAGCUUAGCUCCAUCUCCGAUUCGUCGGGGAAGAUGGAGGUUGAUGAGGGAGGUGCCCCCAUCAGGAAUCCCAAAGCUGAAGCUCAUGUUCCCAAGUUGCCUGCAAUUGAUGGUGGAAAAAUGAGCAAAGGCCGUCGCUCGGAGAUCGAGGGGUGGGCUGAAUUCUUAGGGCAGUUUUUGCCUUGGAUCGCCCUCUUUGACGAUAGGAUCCCGGAAGAGCUUCAUCGGUCGAUUGCCUCGGAGGUCACCAUCAAGCAGUCGUCGCUUGAAAAGGGACAGAGCGUGCGUUCAACUAGGACCUUCUUGUACCUGAAGCAAGCGUUGCAAGGGUUUGCUCGUGGGCUUGACUUGGUUAAGCAAGUGGAGAAGGAGCAGCUUGGCUCCCCAGCUGGGUAUGAGUGCAUGAGGAGAUUGCAUCAGGAGUUGUCUGUUGCGAGCCGCAUCGAGGCUUCGACGCUUCGGAAUGAGGCUUUGCAGUACCGCGCGAGCACUCCUGCCAAUCGUCCACUUGACAUGUUUCGGAACAUCCAGUUGGAGCUUGCCAAGUUUACCCGCUUGACCGCAGGGUUCCCAGAUCUUGCGUUGAGUGAAGCAGGUCGUUGCAUGAUUGUUUUGAGAAACCUUGACGUCGAAGUGAAGAAGUAUGUUCUUUUGCAUGCUAGGGUUGACUCCAUGGAUCAGCUUGAAACUGCUUUGAAGUUUUAUGAUGCCAACCUAAAGAUCCUGAAUUUCCAAGAGAAGGAAGGAAAGGGAGCAGCAAAGGACCACGCGAAUGCUUUGACCUUCGAAGACAAGGGAAAGGGCAAGAAGGGUGACAAAGGAAAGGAAGGAAAAGGAAAGGACAGAGGAAAGGACAACAAGAAAGGGAAGGAGAAAGGAAAGGAAGGAAAAGGGAAAGGUGGAAAGGACAAAGGCAAGGACAAAGGGAAGACCGCAGCCGCAAAGGACGGCGAGCAAGGUUCUGGAAGCGACAAGGAGAAGGAGAAGGAGAAAGCAGAGCACUUGAAGAACGUCGCGGCUGCCUCUUUGGAGCCUCAGAUUUUCGCAGCAGCGGUUGAUCUGAGUUGUCCGGUUGUUGAGCUUGAUGAGGAGGAUUGCUCAGAUUUUUCCCAGGAGGAUUGGGAAGAGUUUGUUGCAUCUUAUGAGUGUGCUUGGUCGGAGCCAGUUGUGCUUGAAGGCGGUGAGCCUGUUGUUGCGCAUGAGGGUUCCAUGUUGCACGUUGCGCUUGACAGUUUUCCUUGUGACAGCCCAAACAGAGCCACAGUUGAGCUUGCAGAGUCCCGCGGUGUCCCAAACAGAACCACAGUUGAGCUUGCAGAGUCCCACCAGGUCCCAGACAGAACCACAGUCGAGCUUGCAGAGUCCCCAGAGUUGAGCUUGGAAGUAGGUCGUUUUGUUGCAGAUUUUCCAAAUGGCGUUGAGCAUGGCAUGUUGCAUGGGGUAGGUAGACCUGACCAUGGCAUGGUAGCGCACGAAACAGCAGCAGCCAGCCAGCAGCAUGACACCAUGGACUGGUGGCUCGUCGACUCUGGCGCGUCAGCCCACAUCAUCAACGAGGACACUUUGAGCCGGGUGCACGUUGUGAGCCACAGUGAGUCUGCCAGUGAGUGUGUUUCUGCAACGGGUGACAGCAUUGGAGUUCGGAGGUCUGCGGUUGUCAGGGUUCCAUUCGUUUUGGUUUCAGGCGAGACGGUGGUAACAGAACUCCAAGUGCUUGUUGCUCCUGUGAAGUUUAACCUGCUGUCCUUAGGGCGUUUGCUGGGCAAGAGCUGGGUUGUGGAUUUCCUGCCAAAUUUUAAAGUUGAGGCCGCUGGGUACGUUCUUCGCACGAGAUGGGUCUCCAAUUGCGGAUGGGUUUUCUCGAGUGCUGUUGAGCUUGACCGUUCCGUUGCAGUUGCCGCCCGAGCGAGCUUGAAGCGUAGUGGCGGCUGUGCUCCUUCGUCUGGGAAGCCUUCUAAGAAGGAUGGGGAGGAGCAACCGGGCACCAGAGGAGAGUGGCGCCUUUCGGGUCGCCGCCACCUAGCGGAGCAGCACGCGGCGACUGUUACGAGGACGCACGAGGACUUCGAGGGAUCCACGGUCGCCUUUACGGCAACCUCGAUGGUGGGUCUUACGCCGGGCCAGAACCUGCUGUUGGUGCCAGCCGCGGAAGUGAAGAAGAAGACGGCAGAACAGGCAAAGGCAGCUGCGAAAGCAGCGGCGGAGAAGUUCGUGAAGGAGCGCCAGGAGAGCGCCCAGUGGGCCAAGGAGGCAGAGGAAGCAAAGAAGAAGAGAGCAGCCAAAGCCGCCGAGGCCAAGAAGAAGGCAGCCGAGGCGGAGAAGUUGAUCAACGAGGCCACGGAGGCAAAGAAGAGAGCAGCCGAGGCAGUGGAGUUGGUCAGCGAUUCCCCAGAGGGGAAGAAGAAGAAAGCAGCCGAGGCAGAGAAGUUGGCAAAGAAGAAGGCAGCCACAGAUGCCGUGGAGACAAAGAAGCCCAAGGGCAGUGUGGCCAGAGCAAGGGCAGAGCCGUCUUCGGGGUCGAAGGACCCACCGCAGCCAGUGGUGAAGAGGCAGCCCAAGCCGCCCAUGGUGAAGGCAAUGCCAGCCAAGGUCCGAAAGAUCGUCCUGAAGAGCCGGGCCCAGCGCGGGAUUCCCGGGCAGACCGACACUGCGCUGAGAAUGCUUUCGCAGCGGGCCAAGGAGAAGAAGAAGAGCGGCUACCUCAUGAAGGCCAUCAACAACGCUAUGAAGAAGAAGGCCGAGGAGCAGAAGGGCGCGCCAGUCAGACGAACCUGGGAGAAGCAUAUCAAGGACCACUAUGCUCAGAUCAGGGGGCUGGAGAUCCCGUUCGUGGAGGUGACGAUUUCCGAAAUUGUCAAGGAGCCUCGGGGACCACCGGCGGUGCCACAGCCGAAGACCCCUCCUUCUACGCCAGCGCGAGCUUCAAAGGCCCCGGAGGUCAAGGUGGAGAGCGCGCGUGCAGCAAAGGUGCCGGAGGAAGGUGGAGGGCAUGGAGAUCAAUCCCCCACCACCGGUGCCACCAAGGAGGAGGCUACCCACGCCGCCGAGGGACCCGAGGUCAGCCGGACGAGGGCCCUCUGCGCCCUCAGAGUGGUCACCUGUGUCCAGUCUGCCGCCAUGUCACCAGUUUCCAGCGUGCCGGUGGAUGCAAGGGCCAGGGAAACCCCAGCAGAGACGAGAGCCGAGGAGCCCCCAGCAGAGGGGAGAGCCGAGCAGCUGCAUCUUGGGGACGACGGCAAGAUCUACAACUCCCGGGGCGAGGUGGUGGAGCUGGAGAGCAUCGAGAUAGACGCCCACCAUCCAGGAAUAUCCGAUGGUCCUUCUUCCUUGGGACUCUCGCUUCUAAUGCAAGAAAAGGUUGCGUUUGCAUGUGAGCAUGAUGUUGCAGUUGAGCUUGGUGAGCGUGCAUGUGCUGGUGGUUUGGAUGAGCAUGAGUUGCAGCAUGGUGAGUUGCUUGAGCAUGUUGGCCAGGACCGACCACAGCGUGACCGGAGCGAGGCCCAUGAUAGCCAGAGUGAAGCAUGGUUGCUCAGAGGGGAUCGGGAACUGUUGUUGCAGGAAAGCUGGGGUAAGCUAGAGCGAGAACAUGUUCUUAGAUCGCAUGUGCCGUACAAUGCGUCUUGCCCGCAGUGUGUGCAAGGCCGUGGGCUUGAACCCGCCAGAAGCCAGGAUCGGCCCCAGGACUCAGGGAUGAGAGAGGUGCAAAUAGAUAAGUUUUUCUAUAAGGGCCUCGCGUUCCUGGUGUUGGUUUUGGUCGGUGCUUUUGCCCUCGGUGUGGUUCCGUACCGUGAGGUGAGCGGAUCCCGAGGCCCAGCAGCCAAGGAAGCCAUGUUGAAUGACAUGUCGGCAUGGAGUCGUAGCGUUGGCUUGGUUGGUGUUGCUCCCAGUGAGUUGACAGUGAGUGUGAAGUCGGACAUUGAGGGUGUUGUGAAGAACCUUGCACAGAGUUUUGCUGAUGGUUUGACCGCCGGUGCCAUCGAGGUUGUGGAUGCCCCUGUUGGUCGGCAUGCUGUUGUUGCAGAGCGUGCGGUGAGGACCAUCAAGGAAGGUGCAAACACACUUUGUGCUGGGUUGGAACAGGUCGGCUUGGAGCCCUGCGGGAAGGGUGUUACGUAUCUUUUGAUGCACGUUGCCCAGGUCUAUAACCGGUACCAGGUGCAUCCUGGAUCGGCGCUGUCCCCAGAACAGCGUUGCUUGAAGACCACCCGAGGACCGCAUGCCGCUUAUGUUUGGGGUGCCGCUGUGCUUGCCACUCCUCCUCCCUCUUUGCGUGACAAGAUCACCGGCCGUUACGGCCACGCCGCCUAUCUUGGACCAGAAGUCGGAAGUGGAAGCCACAUUGUGCAGUUUAGGCUGCGGGAUGGCACCUUGAAGAUUGCGAGAAGUGCAAGAAUCCGGAUGUUGGUUCCUCUUACCUUUGAGGUGUCGAGCUUGAAAGGUGUUUGUCGCAUGUUGCCAGGAAGGAGAGAUGAUGCCCAGAAGAAGCUCCCCGAGAGCACUGGCGAAAAUGUGCGCGACCUCCCUUUACCGAACACCGCGACCCGAGGACCACCACCAGAGUGGAUUGAAGAAAACGGAAGAACCCCAAGGUGUCGAGCUUGCCGGCUGCGCGGGUUUCCAGCGGAUAAGGCAUGGCACACCCAGAGAUGCCGUGAUCGAUACGCUGAGUUUGUGCGGAACUCCUUCGAUCCCAGCCGGGCGAUUCUCGAUCAAGCCCCAAUUGAAGAAGAGCCGACCGGGCUUGAUGAUUUGGGUGCUGGAUUUGAUGUUGAUCUUGGGCUUGAUGUGCCGGAUGAUCUUGAUCCUUUCCCGAAUUUUCCAUUGGAUGAGGAUUUGGCUGAGUAUGAGCCCAGCCUGCCUGGAGUUGAGAAUGAGAUAGAAGUUGGAGAAGAACUCGAGCAGAUCGAGGCCCCGAGCCCGGGCGAGCUUGAUUUCAUGCAAGUGGAGCCGGAACCUCUUGAAGCACUCCCAGAAGAAGAGCGGGAGGCUAUGGUGUCUAGCGUGAUGUAUCGCGAGUCCAUCUCCUUUGCUGGUGCGUCGGUUUGCUUUGCAGGGGCCGCCACCACCAAGGUUGCGUCGGAGAGAGAGGCAAAGUACGAGCAGCUCGAACAGUCCAUUGGGUCAUGUGACAACUCGGCCGACCGGGAAGCGCCUGCAACGGGUAUUGAUACUGCCAAGCACAUUCGAGCAUAUGCAUUGGACUUGGCUGCAGACACACUGCAGCUUGCAACAGCGAGCCAAUCUCGAUAUGGCACAGAUCUGGCUAAAGAGCUGCUACGAGGUCCCUUGGACCAAGAGGAGUCUUCGAUUGGAAUGAUGGGUCAGACCCUUGUUCCAGACACAGCUGUGGUGUUACUUCGUGCUCCCCUUUGCGAACUGCUGCAGCGGUCCCUCGAUGGAACAAGCCUGGCUGUACCGAAGGCUUCGUGCAUUCUGAAUCAUCAACGAGGCUACCGUGCGGGCCACUGCACCAGACCGUUGCUCAGAUGUCCCGUGCACCCAGCCACUGCUACUGAUCGUGCCGUGCCUAUCUCCGGUAAGUUUUCGCUCGAGGGAUGCAUAGACGCCGUAGUCAGCUGCGGUCCGGUGUCUCUUUCAGAGCACAACACAUUUCUCCACAUGGGGGCUCACAGCAGUGACUCGCGGCAGAAGAGAUCGGCUUGCAGACCGGGCCGCCGGGAACGACUCAUCAUCAAGCAGACGGCCAAGGCCAAAGCUGCUCCGGGACCCCCGUUGCGACAACCACCGACGCCUCCUCUGCCUAGACAUCGAGUGCUGCAGUAUCCCAAGAGUACAGAUCCACUGCUUCAACACCGGACAUAUGCGAUGCCCACUUUGAAGCGAGAUAGCUCGACUGCUGUUUUUGUCGCCGAGACUAUUGCAGGGAUCGGAGAGCAUAGCAUUGACAAGAAGGCCAAGGGCUGCAAGCACCAAGCUACUUCCAGUGACAAUGCCUAUGUUACCUUUGAGCCUCUGCCUUGUGAAGUUUAUCGCUCACAGCUGGUCUCAGAUCAGCAGCGGGGCAGACCAGACCAGUGCGGGAAGACGGCUGCGGCAUACAUAGUGCUUGCGAACCCGGACACACAGCACACAGCGACAUGUCGCGGCAAGAAAACACGUGACGGAAACGAGCUUAUAGGCGCGCACUGGCGCGAGCACGCGCACAUCCAGCAGGACCGAGCCGACGAGACAUCCCCCGUUCGGGGCCCCACCGGACCCGGAAUCGACAUCUUAAGCUGGAACUGCGGUGGACUCACAUCCACACGCUUUGCUGAGCUCAAACAGUGGUUGCACACCACCCCUGACGGCCAACGGCCACAGAUUGUGAUCAUUCAGGAGACGCUCUGGAAAACCUCCAGUGAGUGGACAGAUAGCAAAUACUCGUAUGUGCAUUCGGGUACCAACCGGAACAAAGACGGCGGUUUGUUGCUCAUGGUUGCUCGCGAAUUAUGCUCACCGGACAAACUGCGAUAUGAUGAGCUGAAGCCUGGCAGACUAUUGCACAUCAAACUCGCUAUGGAUCCGUCGUUUGAACUCAUUGCCAUUUACCAGCAUUCAUGGCGAAAUGACUUGAGCACCACCGCUAAAGAUAAACUGCUAACACAAAGAGCCGCUAUAUGGCGACGUUUGCAGCAGUUCGUGCAGAGCACCCCGGCAAGGGCCCAAGUUGUCAUUGCCGGUGAUUUCAAUUGCCCCAUUCGAACAUGCCUCCCAUAUGUUGGGAGUGGUGUUAGGCGUAAUGUCAAACCUCGUUCUCAACCUCUCCCCGACCCAGCACCGGACCUUGAUGACCUGAUCAAUGUGCUCCGCAAUGGGGAUCUUCAGGUUCUCAAUAGCUUCGGCAGGGAGGGCAUGGCCGCCAGCACAUACAUCAACGCCUCACAAACGCCCAUGCAAGGCUCACAAAUUGAUUUUGUGGUGAUGCGCAGGGAGCAGGCCGAUGAUCGUAGCAGGCGGGUACAGAUUAUGCGGGAUUUCCCUUUACUGCCGAUUGAAGGGAUGUGGCACUUUCCGCUGCGAGUCACUGUUCCUCGCCCCAUUGCCCCCCGAUCCAAACCUCAGGACUCACGUCUUACCCCAGACAAGGCUUCAGCCUGCUUGGCUCGGGAACCUGAGAAGGCUCAGCAUUUUCAGCAAAUGGUGAACGAAAUGCUUCAGCAGGCCCCGACGGUGGAUUGCAUCAAUACAGUCCUGCUCCAAGCUUGGGACCAAACCUUUGGCACUGUGGGUGAUCCCCGGGAGGGCUUUAUUAGUGAUGCCAGACUGGCCACCAUGUGGAAACAUCGGGCACUGGUGUUGCGCCGUAUCGCACCCAAAAUCAGACGCCGCAAACUGCAGCUCCGUGAUGCUCAAGGGCGACUCGUGGGGCCAAGAGAAGAGGCCACUCUCAUUUUGGACCACUACUCCGAAGUGUUUGCUUCAGAGCUUGCAGUGGCAGACACCCAGUUGGAAUGUCCUUUUUACUUUGACUCCGAUGAGCUGUAUCAUGCCCUCUCCGAACUACCCCAACACAAAGCCCUGCCGCAACAUUGUGCUCCCGCCCCCCUUUGGAAACUCUGCGCACAGACCAUCAGCCAAUUCACAGUGCAACAGUUUCAGGGUCGCCUUAACUCGGGAUCGUUUCGGGAUCAGUGGCCCCGGGACUGGGCAUUGUCCUUUUUAUGCCUUCUCCCGAAAACAGAUCAGCGUUUGGAUGCCAUAGCCAAGCUUCGACCCAUUUCAUUGUUGCACCCACUGGGCAAGUCCUUUGCAGGACUCCUCAUGUACCGAGUCAGGGAGAGCAUCACUCGCAAGCUCGCGUCCAUACCCCAGUUCGCAUACUUGGUUGGGCGGUCCACGGCUGAUGCAGUGGAUCGAGCGGUCUGGCAUGUGCACCGCACCCGGCAGAGAUUGGGCACGCAAUACACCAUACACCACCGACGUGCAGGCAUCCGGCAGCAAACCAUUCAGGGCAGCCUGACACUCAGCAUUGACCUCCGAAGGGCCUUUGACUCCAUCGAUCGAGACCUCAUCCGUGACGCCCUUAAAUGGGCAGAGGUCCCCGCAGAGGUCCUGGAUGUCAUCGUCGGCCUGCAUGAGGCCAUGCGGGUUUGUUAUACCUCUGCCUUGGGCGAAACGAGAUCGGUUUCCACUGGUAGAGGAUUGAGGCAGGGAUGUAGGUUAGCACCUAUAGUGUGGGCGUGCAUAACCGGAUACCUGCUUAGCAAGCUCAUACCGAUCUUCGAUCAAAGUGAUUUGCAGCCUUUGCUUACGCUUUUUGCUGACGACACCCUGGGUCAGUGGGAGAUCAAUGAUCAAACCCAGCUCGACAAAACGCUUAAACAGAUUGCGUUCUUGCUUGACUUCUUGAAAAUGCAUAAUCUUAGUGCAAACACCAGCAAAACGGUGAUCUUGGCCAGGUUUGCGGGCUCCCACCACACCAAAAUUUGGAGCAAACACUUGGUGACUGACCCUGAGCUGGGCACAUGUGUGCAGAUCAGCUGUAGAGAUGAACGUAUUCUUCUGCCUGUUAAGUCACACCACAAAUACCUUGGGAUCAUGUUGUCGUAUCGACACCUUGAGAGGGAAUCGGUCAAGUACCGCAUCAAAUGCGCACAGGUUGUGGAAAUCCGUAGUCUGGACGACACUGUCCUACGGAUUGGUAUGGGAAAUGUUUGGGAGGCCGUGCCUGAAACCACGCUCCAGGCCACACAGCAGCUCCACCACCUCGGACAGGCCGGGACAGCUACGACGGAACAGCCUCAAUCCGCGCCACCGAGCACUUCGCGGCCUGCGGAUGCUUUGCCCUCAGAGCCACCCAUGCCGGCACUAGACUCCACGGGAGCGCCUGCACAGCAUCAGCACAGCCGAGCAGCGGAAUGCAUAACGGUUGUGCCGGAGGCACCUACCGGGACGUCGUCUGCUGGAGCACAUGCCACACCAGGUGACGUGCCUAGUCAGUCCUCAGACUCGCUGCAGUGCCAAAUUUGCGGUUUUCGUGCUGAUAACACUCCGGCACUUCGUUAUCAUAUGACCACAUCGCAUGGGCACUCUGAAAGACGUCUUGCAAUGGAGGAGAAAGCAGCCUUUCGAUUCGAAGACCACGCUCUGGCAGGCAUGCCCACCUGCCGGCACUGUGAAAGAGCAUUUACUGGCGUCCCACAGUUCAGAAAUCAUAUCAUGGCCCAAGUCUGCCCCGUACUGCAUGGAGCCCUGCCUUCAGGCCGAGACUACGGUGAGCAGCCUCCACUACCGCAGGGAGCUUCCUUGGAAAACCAGCCAUUGCGUGAUCGUACUAGUACAUAUCAGGCAUUGCAAGAGGGCGGAUGGAAGCAUUUGGCAACGCUGCAGGCAUUUCGCCAAGUCGCAUUAGAACACUGCCCGCUCUGUCACCUCUGGGUAGCCAACAGGAGCGGACAGGUGAAGAAGCAUAUGCGUCACAAACACAAGGAUCAGGAAGCACUCAUACAGCAAGUGAUCGAAGUUUGCCGCCGCUCUUCCUUUGUGCUGCGAUCGCCGUGCCAGCUGUGUUGUGCCGAGUGGAAAGGCUGCUUGCUGCCAUCCAUGGAUUUCAAUUCAAUGAUGAGGGAGGAGCCGACCCCACUGAUGCAGUUCGAGUCAAUCUUCCAUCGGCCAAUCCCAUCGCACCUGCCAACAAAGCGCGAGGGGCAUCAGCUGGAGCCAGUCCAGCAGUGGCCGUCGCAAAAGCAGCGACGAAAGGCACAGGGCGCAAUGGGAACGGGCAAAGGCAAGGGAAAGGGAAAGGGCAAAAGCAAGGGCAAAGAUUACGGACAGAGCCUGCCGAUGCCACCACCGUCAUAUCUGGACCAGAACGAUCAACAGGAGGACCCCUGGCCCAUGGGACCGUGGACAUCGACCGCCGGCCGGACCGAUUACUACUCUCAGUAUGCGAGCCCUCAGCCUCAGUACCCCCCGGUAACAACCUGGACUCAGCUUCACGAACUUCAGCAGUACUUCGAGCAGAUGAGAAAGCUAUUGAUUCGCCACGAAUGGGAGCUCGCGGGCAGGCGAGUGGACUGUGGAUUCAUCCUCCAUUUCCGAGCAGGCCAGGACGGGAUCCUUCGCGAGAUCUUCCAGGCCAGCAAGAUAUGGAACGAGGCUCGAACCCAGGGCAAAAUCCAAUCCUUGACGCUUCGGCAGGCUCUCCUGAUGAAGGUCUUCACAGAGCUUCAGAAUCGCAUGAACCAUCUGAACGAGGAUCACAUCGCCCGCUGCCGGAAGAUGGGCUACUUGAGCAUGGAGGGCCUCAACUGGCAGUACAUGCGAUGGUCUCAGGAGAAGGGGCAGCUCAUUCCGGAGAAUCCAGUUCGCCAGGUGCCACACGAUACAUUGAUUCAGCAUCUGACCUCCAUCCUUCAGGCACUGAACAUCGACCACAUGAUCCACAAGUUUACGGCAACUCGCAAGCUGACGGAGAACAUCGAGAACACCCUGCCAUUCCUGCUGCAGCUGUCAAUGCAGGGGACGACGGCACAACAAUUGUUUCAGGCUCUCAAAGAUCUAUGCGGAGCGGGAUGCCUUCAGCUUGUCGGACUCACGAUGCGCCGCGAAAGAUUGGAGCUGCAGCCACUGGCGAAGCAGUUGUUCUGGUGA